AUGCCAACAACUCCAACAACAACUUCUCGUAAUAUAUCCACUGCCCCUGCCGCUACCACCGACACAGCAAUUCCAGAAACUACUGAUGCUAUUACCACAACCACUACUACCAGCACCACCACCAGUGCAAUAAAAACAACUACCACGACUACUACUAGUACCACCACCACAACAACAACAACUACCACGACUACUACUAGUACUAGUACUAGUACUAGUACUACUACUACUAGUACUACUACUACUACUACUACUACUACUACUAGUAAUAGUACUACUACUAGUACUACUACUACUAGUACUACUACUACUACUACUACUACUACUAGUAAUAGUACUAGUACUACUACUACUAGUAGUAGUACCACAACAACGACUACUACUAGUACCACAACAACGACUACUACUAGUACCACAACAACGACUACUACUAGUACCACAACAACAACAACAACAACAACAACAACAACAACAACAACAACAACAACAAAUUUACUAUUAGCACUCGAGGCAUUAACGCCAUCAAAAUCAUGGGUUGCCGUAUUUCCAGUGAUAGCUGGUAUUGGUGUCAUCAUUGGCUUAGCUAUAUGGAAACGAACUUUGAUCAAACGAUGGUGGAUAAGCUUAAGAAAUCAAAAUACUGGACCAAAGCCACUUUCGGACUACAUUAAUAUGACGGACGAAAAUAUGAAAACCAUACAUGCUGAAUAUCAAGAAUUGGAAACAAUAUCUCCACAAUAUCGUCAAUCAUUCUACGAAUCUGAGUAUGCUUCUUUCGACAGAUAUAAGAAUAUUCCUGCUCGAGAACUUUGGAGUGCAACUGCUGUUCGAUUGACUGAUUUACAUCGAACUUAUGAUUACAUAAAUGCAAAUGAAAUCCAUGGACUCGGCAGUAAAAACCGAUACAUUGCUUGUCAGGGUCCAUUAGCAAACACUUGUGAAGAUUUCUGGGAUAUGGUUAUUCAAUAUGGUGUAAAUAAAAUAGUCAUGCUAACGAAACUUGAAGAACAAAAUCCUAAUGAACCGGAACAAACUAUAUCAAAAUGCUAUCGUUAUUUCCCUGAAAAGAACAAAGAUAAAUUAACAUUUAAUAGAUUAUCUGUUCAAGUAUUAAAUAUUGAAUCAAAGGCAGAUAUGAAUCUAGAAAUUCGUCUUCUACUAAUUAAAGAUGUACUCGAUGGUACCAAGGAAUAUCGUGUUUUUCAUUAUUAUUUCACUGGUUGGCCAGAUUUUAGUACUAUUCAACCGAGAGAUUUAUUGCAGCUUAUUGAGUUUAUUAAUAAUCAUGGCGAAAUUACAGUCAUUCAAGUGGAAAAAUCAAAUAAAAAAUCAUUAAAUCCGAUUGUCGUUCACUGCAGUGCUGGUGUUGGCCGAACAGGUACUUAUAUUGCAGUGGACAUUAUGAUGGGUUUAAUUGACCAAUCAAAAAAUCAUCUUUCAUUAAUGAAACUUGAUAUUAUGGGUAUUGUUUAUCAGUUAAGACAAGAUCGAGGGAAAAUGGUACAAACUAGGGAUCAAUAUGUACUGGUCAAUCUUUGUGUAGAGGAAUAUUUACGACGAACCAAUCGAAUAAAUGAUGGUCAAGUCAAAUCUCAAAUAUGCAAUGGUAUGGCUCAAUAUGAACGAUGUUCGACAAAUGCUGGCUGUGCCUGUUUACAUAUCCCAGGCCCUAUUAGCGUCGGCAUUUGUAGCUAUCUAUCAUCCAUCACAGUUUGCUCUCAACUAGUGAAAUGUGGUAACAAUAACCGUUGUUAUGCACCUAACCAUGAAUGUCUUUAUCAUCCAAAAUGUCAGAGUACACCUAUUUGUUUUCCAGUACAAAGUUUCAAUGGAGCACUUUGUCCACUUAUAGCAACAACGAACGCCACAACUACAACGGCAACUCCGACUACAACUACAACUCGUACUCCUCAAAUAGUUAUACCCACUGUUCCUGCCAAUGCCAAAUGGACACAGAACGGAAUGACUGUUGCUGGAGGCCAAGGGGGCGACAGUGCCAACAAUCAACUCUGGGGCCCUGUUGGUCUCUUCGUUGAUGAUGAUCAAACAGUGGUCAUUGCUGACUACUGGAAUCAUCGUAUCAUGCAAUGGAAGAAAGGUGAUAAGACGAAUGGACAAGUUGUUGCUGGUGGCAAAGGUCAAGGAAAUCGAUUGGAUCAAUUGCAUUGGCCAAUUGAUGUACUGAUCGACAAAGAGACGGAUGGUCUCAUUAUUUGUGAUCAAGAGAAUCGACGAGUUGUACGAUGGUCUCGUCUUAGUGGUACAACACAAGGAGAAAUCCUCAUCGACAACAUCGACUGUGUUGGAUUGACUAUGGACGAUCAAAGAUACCUCUACGUCUCUGACUAUGGAAAAGAGGAAAUAAAGCGAUAUGAAUUGGGAGACAAGAAUGGCACUCUCGUGGCUGGGGAAAAUGGCGAAGGUAGUGGUCUAGAUCAACUCAGCAAUCCGAGAUAUCUCUUUGUCGAUCGACAGCAGAAUGUCUAUGUGUCAGACGAGACCAAUCAUCGUGUAAUGAAAUGGAAUAAAGGUGCAAAAGAAGGCAUCCUCGUCGCUGGAGGCCAAGGCGAAGGGAAUGCUCUGACACAAUUGAAUUAUCCUCAAGGACUCUUCGUUGAUACGUUGGGUACACUCUAUGUUGCAGACUGGGGAAAUGAGCGUAUCAUGCGUUGGCCUCAAGGAGCGAAACAAGGUACUGUAAUUGUGGGUGGAAAUGGUCAAGGACUAGGAGCAAAUCAGUUACACGGCCCCCUAUGGUUUGUCUUCCGAUCGAUAUGGUAA